AUGCCAGAAGCCGACGUCACCCGCAAGCGCUCCCGCUCCCCCUCGGACUCGGACCAGCCCAAGCAGAAGCGUGCCAACACCGGCGCCGCGAAUGAUUCCCUUCGCUCAAGCCACUCUACGUCCCUGGCCGGUGACGUGAAGAUGGAGAACCGCGCAGACGACACUGCUGCUUCCACCCCUGACGCCAAAGGUCCUCAAAACGACAUCCCCGACCGUCCUGCAGGUGACGCGCCUGAGACGCGUGGCGACUCGGCCACGACCACUGGUGCCCCCGCGCCCUCUGGUACUCCCGCCGCGCCCUCGGCCACCAUCCACAUGCGGUGCCUCAUCGUCACCCAGGAUGCGUCCAUUAUUAUCGGCAAGGCCGGUACGCAUGUCAACGAGAUCAGGGAGAAGAGCGGCGCGCGCGUCAUGGUCUCAGAGAGCAUUCCCGGCAAUCCUGAGCGUAUCCUCAACGUCAGCGGCCCUUUGGAUGCCGUCUCCAAGGCCUUUGGUCUCAUCGUCCGUAGGAUCAACGACGAGCCGUUCGAUAAGCCGUCAGUCCCCGGUAGCCGCGCGGUGACCAUCAAGUUCAUGAUCCCCAACUCGCGAAUGGGUCCUAAGAUCAAGGAGAUUCAGGAUGCUAGCGGUGCUAGACUCAACGCUAGUGAAGGAAUGCUCCCAGGAUCUACCGAGCGUCUGUUGAGUGUCUCCGGCGUGGCGGACGCCAUUCACAUCGCGACGUACUACAUCGGCAACAUCCUCAUCGAGGCGAACGAACGUAUGCCUCAGCAGCAACAGCCGCCGCCGCAUCAAGCGCGUCCGCCGUAUAUGGGAUCCACAUAUGUUCCUGGCUACACGCCCGCCGCUGCCCAUAAUCCGUAUGCGGGUGGCCCUGCACCUCCCGCGCCCCCGCGCAGCAGCUUCAGACCCAACAGAUCUACAUUCCGAACGACUUGGUUGGCGCGAGUCAGAUCAAGAUCAUGGAGCCUGGUGCGUCGGAGUGGGAUGAACGGUGCGCCUGCGCCUGCGGGCAGCGAGGGUGAACGGCUUGUUGUCAUCACGGGCUCUCCCGCCAACAUCCAAAUGGCUGUUCAGCUCCUUUACUCGGGAGUGGUGCAGCGGUUGGAACAGGAGAAGCAAAAGCAGAUUCGCCAGCAGUCGGCGCAUGUCUGA